AUGUUCCAAAUCGUGACCCAAGUCAACCAGGUGACUCGACCUCAUCCCAGCGAUAACCCAGUGUUGUUUCUGUUCCUGGUUGGAGGAGUCACUCCCUCAGAACUCCGUCAGAUCAAAGAGGUGGUCUCAACACUCAAACCUGCUGCACAAGUGCUGGUUUUGGCCACGAGACUGCUCAGACCCACAGACAUACCAGAACUGCUCUUCACCACAACAAGGCUCGCCCCCGACAUUGGAGUUUGA